ACCUUCCUUGUUUGCUAGUCUGGCGCUUGCGAUCGAUCAUCGCGUUCUUACAGCCCUCCUUUAAUCCCCCGUGAUUGUGUUUUAUGCUUCCCCUGUCUUCCCCAAUCAUCGCUUUUCACUCGCCCAUCCUCGUGGACGCAUUGCGUGUUCCGCCAACAUGAAUGCCUCUCAGCAACCUCCCACGCUCUCUUACGCUUAUCCACCCGGCAUGGUGCUGGGCCCGCAAGUCUCUCCGGUCCAUCAGCCGUCACCACAAAUCCCCGGUGCGAAUCUAGGCUCCAACAAUCCCUUCAGAAACCGUGCCCUCUCCCCCUCGAGCUCGAUUGCUUCCAGUCGCCCGGAACGACCGACCUCGACGAACCCUUUCCUCGACGAUUACGACCCGCUGUCACCACAGUCCGCGCCCACUGGAACGAUGGUGUCUCCCGUUGAUCGGCAGGACUUCACGAAUAACGCGCGCGAUCUCUUUGAAAACCUGUCGCUCAGCUCCAACCCGGCUCCUCAACCGACGGGCUACCGACCCGCUCCGCCUCGUCCCGACCGGCCGCUUCAGAAUGGUGGUGGCUUCAGCAGCUAUCGCCCAACCACCGCAAGGGAACGCCCGGAGCGUCGAGGAAAAGAUCCGCUAGAUAUCUUCGCCGACCCACCCAGCGCAAAUCCGCCCAGGCCCCGCGAUCGCGACCGCCGACCUCGUCGGAAUUCGGAGUCAUCCAUCAUGGAGCGCCCCAAGGUGCUCGACCCGGAGGAUGAGCGGCGCCGACGGGAGAGACGGCGGCGGGAACGCGAGGCUCGUCAUAGGGAUGGCAAAUCUCGUUCUUCGAAGAAGACCAAUUACCAACUUGACAUCAUUGACAAGCUGGAUGUGACGAGCAUCUACGGUACAGGAAUGUUCCAUCACGAUGGACCGUUCGAUGCGUGCAACCCGAACCGUAACCGCAAAGGCUUACGCACCGCCCCCAUGCAAGCGUUCCCAGCGGAUUCCACUAACAUGGCUCUCGGAGGCUCCGGGCCCGUUAAUCAGAACAUUAAUCUGGACCUGUUCCACGGUCGAUCGGAGCAAGGAUAUAAUGAUUUUGGUUCAACCGACUCACGGAGGACUGAAGGUGUGAACUUCGAUCCUACCGCGCGUAUUGAACCCGUCCACGGCUCCGAGAGCAUGGGAUUGGGAACCAGUACCUUCCUGGAUGGGGCUCCCGCCAGCCGCGCCGCCAUUCAACGCCGCGAGAGUGAGAAUGAUCAGCAAAUCAGCAAGGGUGCCAGUGGCCUGCAGCGGAAGAAGAGUCUGGCCCAGAGACUCCGCGGGGUGGGCGGCCGUCCGUCUAACGGCCGUGUGGUAUCUCCGGAAGCGUCCUAUAUGGCACCCACGGGCUCUGGCCAUAUUGGAACCAUUCGGGCCAAUGAGAAGAACCCGUUCUUCCAAGACUACGAUGAUGCGUGGGACAAGAAAGGUGUGCGCAUUGCCGAGGAGUCGCAAGGGUUGGGACGGGCUCGUUCUUCCAGCAGUCCGAAGCAAGGCUCCGGUUUGGAGCGGAGACACACAGAAGACCGAUCAUACGGUCUCGACGAAGGUCGUAAUGCCAAUGGGGGUGGCGGUGGGGGUGGCUUUAUUAAUCGGAUGAAGAGCUUACGCAAGGCUCGCCCGGAGAGACGAAUCAGUGACGACUGAAGAACUUGACAUGUCCUUUUUCCCAUUUUUAUUCGGUACCCCUUUCGCUGGGACCAUGCGACUGAAUGUUGGGGAGAGACAAAUGGAAGAACACUGGAAUGUAUCAUUUGAUAAACCACCAGGACAUUUUCUCAAGGCAGAAAGCAAUGCGGCCUGGUCUGGUAUCUCAGGAAAACUUCUUAU